AUGUCCUCCGACGCCGACAGUUCCGCUCCUCCUCCUGCUGCCGCUGCUGCUGCUGCUCCCGCCAGCGAGCCCACGCCGGCCGCGGCGGGCAUGCGCAAGAACGGCAAGCAGUGGCACCAGCCUAAGAAAGCCUUCCGUCCUAACUCCGGCCUCACCUCUUAUGCGAAGCGCGCCGAGGAGCGCAAAGCACUUGCCGCCAUCAAGGCUAAGGAAAAGGAAAUGAAGGAUGAGAAGGAGGCAGAGAGACAGACACGGAUCGCAGCGAUCAAGGACAAGCGUGAAAAGAAGGCAGAGCGCGAGAGAUACGAACAGAUGGCCGCGAAGAUGCACGCCAAACGGGUCGAAAGACUGAAGCGGAAGGAGAAGCGCAACAAGAAGCUUAACUCUUGA